AGUGUAACAUGAUAAACUUUUUAUAAAGAGUCUGUCUAAUAAAUGAAAACAAACAACUGUCAAAAGUUGAGAGACAUGUGUUUCUAUUUUAUAAUUUACUUGUACAAGGAUUUUAAAAUAACGCAAUGAGUGACGACGAAGAGCUAUUUAAUCCCAAAGCACACAAGAAACUAUUGCAAGGCAUCAGCAGCCUAGGCAAAGCUCAACAUAUUAGGAAAACAACACGUAAUGAACCUAUACGACAGCAGGAUGAGUUUCAGUUGGUUAAGCCAGGAGACGAAUCAGCUGCACGUUAUCCCGUUGGCUUGCAUGAUAUUGUAAAAGUAUUGCAAACAACUAAGAAACAUAUAGAAGCGGGAAAACAACUAAAAGUUGUACAGUCUUCGAAAAGAGUUCUGGAUAAGCCACUAGAAAAGCCACAAGCAGAUCGUCUUAAGCGUGGACUAGGCUAUGAUACAACUAAGAAAAAUUUGGGACGAUGGGAUGCCGUUGUGUCUCAAAAUCGUAAUGCAGAAACUCAAGUUUUUCCUCUACGAUCCGAAACUAUUUAUGUCGACACGUCUUUAUACCGUAAACCCUUGGAACGAUCGCUUAAAUCUGAGUUAGCUCUCGAGUUGGAAGCAGAAAAAGCGCGUUUAAAAGCCGCUAAGCGAGAAUUAGCAGGUGAAACAGAGAAUGUGGAGGAAUUAGCCAAAAAGGAAGAAGAGUUAUUGAAGAAAAAGUUUACCCGAGACGAGCUUAUUGCUCGACGUAAAGAGUUAGCAUACUUAAAAAUCAGACAGUCCCAAAAGUCAGUAAAAGCACGCAAGCAAAACAAAAUCAAAUCGAAAAAGUAUCACAAAUUGCUUAAAAAACAAAAAAUGCAAGAGCAAAUCAAACAAUUUGAGAUUCUCCAAAAAACCAACCCUGAGGCAGCUUUGGAAAAAUUGAAUGAGUUAGAAAAGAACAGAGUUCUGGAAAGAGCUAGUUUGCGUCAUAAGAACACUGGUACAUGGGCUAAGAAUUUGCAAAUACGUGCAAAAUAUGAUAAGGAUGUAAGGAAGGAUCUGUCUGAACAAUUGCAAAUUAGUCGUCAAUUAACACAAAAAACAAUCGAUAGCGAUGAUGAGAAUGAUGAUUACAAUGCUACAAAGGCUUCGCGAAUCGGUAUGGAAAAAGAGUUGAAUGAAUCUGAUCCAUUCAAUCCAUGGACGCGUAUAGCAAGCAUUCAAACAGACUGCUUAACUAAUGAAGGUAAAGGUGAAGGUGGAAAUUGGAGAAAAUAUUGGCUGGACCGAAACGAAAAUGAAAAAAUGCUGGAUGAAUACAAAAAGCUUUUAGUUGAAAAAGAUAUGUCUGAUGAUGAACAACAAGGAAAUAAAGAAAAAAUAGGAACUAAACAGAAACCGAAAAAAGGUGACCAAAUGAGUAAACAUGUUAAAAAAACUAAGAAAAGAACUACAGUUGUCGAAAAAGAAAUUAAAAGUAGUGGGGCUGGUCAAUGGUUAGUUAAAGAGACGAAAAGCGAAGGUGGUAACAAUAUUGACGAUAUUUUUAAUAAGCAAGAGGACAAAAUUAAACAAAGAAUAACUAAAAAAAUUAAAGAACUAUCGAAAAAGGCUAAGCUUUUAAAAAAGAAUCAGUUGAAAAAUACAAAACAGAAAAAACGUACGCAAAAGAAUGAUCUGAAGAAUUUAAAAGAUUUAUCCUUUAAAAAAGUUGUGAAACGACCAAUAAUAGACGAAGAACUUGGUAUUGAAGAAGUCAGUAAAAGCAACGUUGAAAUUAAUUUGGAAAAAGUGAAAAAGGAUGAAGACAAUGGUAAAAAAUCCAAUUCUGUAGCGAUUAAACCAUCAACAACUGAAGUAAAACCUUCUACAAUCAUUGAUCCAAACAAAUUGGCUGAUGUGAAACUUAAACAACAUGUAAAUAAUUUCAUUGGUUUAAAUGAAUCUCUUAGUGCUGCAGACGAUGACGUUGACAUGAGUGGCGAUGAAGACAAUGAUAAGGUUUACUUAGAUCAACAAAUGACAAUCAGUCAAGCAUUUGAAGACGAUGAUAUUAUUGCCGACUUUAUGCGCGACAAAGCUAAAGACUCGGAAGUAAAAGACGCCGAGAUCGAUUUAUUUAUGCCUGGUUGGGGUUCAUGGGCUGGCUUUGGUAUUUCUGCUGAGCGCCAGGCUGCUAUUAAAAACAAACGUCUAGUUCUAAAGUUAGCUGAACAGGAAAAGCGUCGUGAUGAUAAUAAAGGUGGCCUAUAUAUCAACGAAACAGCGAGUAAACAAUUACGAUCUCAUCUUGUUUCUGAGGUACCAUUUCCAUUUACCUCUGUAGCUGAUUAUGAGGGCAGUAUUCGCGCAACUAUUGGGCGAAAUUGUGUUCCGGAAACUGCCUUUCGUAUGCUAACUCGACCAGCAGUCAUAACACAUAAAGGUCAAGUAAUUGCACCCAUGGAUCAAAGCGAAAUAACAAAACCGCAGCGCAGGUUAAGACAUGUAGUUGAUAGAAGGAUAGCGAGAAUGAAUGAGAAUGCUCCAUCGAAAUAGGUUAAAACUAAAUAAAAUUUGAAAUAUUAGAAUUAAUUUUUUUUUGAGAAAUUCAUAUGUAUCUACAAGUUUACAUGAUUUUACAGUUUUUAAGUGCUGUUUCGUUAUUUUGGCUAUACAGAUUAACUGAUGGUAAGUGAAAAAUAUUCGUUUGUUAAAAUAAUUGGCAUACAAAUAAAAUAUAAUAUGGGAAAGAAGCUGAAUGGGUUUAAUGGCAAUCAAUUUAUUGGUGCAGGGAGUGCAUUCAUCUCAAUCGUAAACAUGUGUAAAGAAAUUUUUUUUUAUAUAUUUUAUAAUAUUUCUUAUUUUUGCAAUAACUAUCUGCCACCUCAACAAAGUUCCAUAAAUUUAUUUGCGACAUUCUUUUACAACUACUGUAAAUAGUAAAAAUUCUACAAAAUAUCACUUACACACAGGUAGUCAGGACAUUUAAUUAGUCAUUUAAUGUAUAUAUCUUAUACCUAAUAAAAACGUAUUUAUCUAUUUGAA